UUACAUACACCUUUUGUUUACAUUUGUUGAAGUGCACAUGCAUGAGAUUUUCAGGAGAGACAAAAUCCGAGUAUUAUUAUGAUAGAUUAUAUUUGGUUUGUCAGUUCAACCGUCACUACAAUAAAGAUGAUACUUAUUUCAUUAGAUACUAGAGUGUCUAAAAAACAAUCAACGGCAUCUCACUUCAUCAUGUCAUAAAGCUCUCUUCAAACUGGAAAAGGAAGAAAUGGUGGACAAUGCUAUUGACUAUACACUGAUGACGGUUUGUAAAACUAUGAUCAAGAAAUUUUGCCCAGAUGAACAUGAUUCUCAAGUUCUUUACUGUUUGAGAGACAAUAGAAAUACAUUUGGAAUGGACCCACGAUGUCGAUCUGUGGUGAUGAAAAGACUUUUGACGCAGAAUACAGACUACAGACUUAACGUUCGUCUGAAAGAAUCUUGUAGUCGAGACAUUCCUAAAUUUUGUUCUUCUGUGAUUGCCAAGGAGAAACAAGAUGAAGAAUUUGAGGGAAAAGUCGUAGCUUGUCUGAAGAAACAGUACAGAAAGACUCGUUUGUCGGCCACGUGUGAAGCCGAAAUACUAAGUGUGAUGAGAGAAGUUGCUCAGGAUUAUCAGCUAGAUCCAGUGUUAGUUCAGGCUUGUUCUGUCGAGAUUCGUAACAGUUGUGAAGAUCAAGAGGAGACUGUUGAGGACUGUCUACGAGCAAGAUUCAUGGACAAGAAAAUCAAAAACCCAGAGUGUAAAAAGGUAACAUCAAAUAUACAUUAACACUAAAGAUAUAAA